AUGAGUCUGCAGAAGUGGAAAGUGCGGGGGAAGAGUCAGCUCAAGUUGAUGAUACAGGAGAAGAGUCUGCUGAAAGAGACAAAGAUGAAAGAUCUUCAAGAGGAUUCUCUGCUAGAAUCGAAUGUUGAGGGAACUGUAGGUCAAGAUGAUGAGGUAUCAGAACUGAAAGCAGACGAUGAGGCAGAGGAAGGAGGAACAUCAGAUAAUAAUGAAGAACUGGAGGUAGAGGAAGAGGAUGACCUAGAGGAGGAAGGUGGUGACAAGAACACAGAGAAUAAGGUCACCGUAAACCAAGUUAUAGAUAUUACUGAGGCAUCUGAAAAAGAUGAAGAAACCGAUACAGCCAAUGAAGAAGGCCACAUCGGGAAUCAAGGGACAUCAGCAGAUGGGGAGGAUGAGGCAGAAGAUGAUGAAUCUGAGCCAGAAGAAAAACUAGAUGAUGUAGAACAAGACACUGUGACUCCCAAUGAGGAUAGGUCAAAUGUGAGCAUGCCAGUUGAGGAGACAGCAGUGACCUCAUAUGAUGCCUUGAUGAAAUUGAGCGUUGACUCUGAAGACGGGGCCUAUGCAGAUGUUGAAGAUUCAGAAACAGAAGUACACAAUCUAGAGGAAACGAUGGACUUUGAGACAGAGCCUGUUGACAUCCACAAAGAGGAGAACAGGAAAGAGGAUGAAAAGGAACUUGAUGAUGAAGCCAGUGAGGAGAUGGAGGAGGAGAAGAGUAUGGGUUCAGAGGAAGAUGAUGAAGAGACCAAAGAGGAACAAGAAAAUCAGGAAUCUGAGACUCCAGUUGAAGAAUUGCAGAAGGAGUCUGAGGCAGUUGAUGAGACUGCACAGGAAAAUUAUGAGACUGCACAGGACGAAUCAAAUUAUGACAUUCAUACAACAAGCAAAUCACCAACUGAAGAUGAUGAUGAGGGUGAUGAGUCACGCGAAAUGAGCCUAUCCACUCAGCCUACUAAAUCUUCAGUGGAAUCUCAACCCGGAUCACUAGAAGAGGUCCUUGAUCAGGAAACAAAUCUUCGGAAAAUGAAGGCCAAGUGAAUAUAGAGUCAACCAGUGAGGUUUUAGAGAAGCAACUCGUCUCCCUGAAGAAAAUAUUCCCAACCAGAUCUGUUCAGUCAAGAAAGCCAAAGGGAAGUGACAUAGAAUAAGACUAUUUAGAUUUUUAACUUCAUGCUUAGCAGAAUGUUUCGUAAAAUACCAUAUAAGCACUUUAUAAUAGUACCACUACUACGACUGUGAGGGCACACAUACACAGGAACUGUGAGUAGAAAAGUUAUGUUAAAAGGGAAUAUUGGAAUAAAUACUUGAAGAUAUGCAAACUAA